AUGACUAUCAGAACACCCCUCCCCGCCCGCCAACGACCACAACGCCGGCACCUCCGCACCCUCCUCGCCCAGCACCCAGGCUCCUUCAUCGCCCUCGCCAUCUGGAUCCUCCUCCUCUUCAUCACCAUCAUCCUCCUCGACACCCCCAGUCUCAACCCCACCAAGACCUACGACUGCCCCACCAUCAUCGAAGGCCACUCGCCCACGCGCUACACCUGCAAGGCGUGGACGUGGUUUGUGAUUUUCUUGGUGGCGACGAGUAUGGGCGGGCUUGUGAAUUUCGUUAUUCAGCAUGGUAUCGUCGAUGCUGAGACGAGUUCGUUCCGGACGAAGCAGUUCUGUGUUGCGUUGAGGCCGGUGCUGGUUGUUGCUGUGGCUUGGGUUUUCUUUGGGGGGAUUGCGUGGGAUCAUGGGUGUUUGAGGGGGUGUGUUUAG